AUGGGGAGUGGAAUUAGCUCAGAGAGCAAGGAGUCAGCCAAAAGAUCCAAAGAACUGGAGAAAAAGCUUCAGGAAGACGCUGAGCGAGAUGCAAGAACUGUAAAGUUGCUGUUAUUAGGUGCCGGAGAAUCUGGAAAAAGUACGAUCGUUAAACAAAUGAAGAUCAUCCAUAAGAAUGGUUACAGUGAGCAAGAAUGCAUGGAGUUCAAAGCAGUAAUAUACAGUAAUACAUUGCAAUCCAUCCUAGCUAUUGUGAAAGCCAUGACUACCCUUGGGAUUGAUUAUGUAAAUCCCACAAGUGCAGAAAUGGUAAACCCUCAUCUUGUUCCGCCGUUUUCCAACAAAGAGCACAAAAAUUCUAACUAUCUGAAUGAUGUCGACAGAAUCACAGCUCCUGGGUAUGUCCCAAAUGAGCAAGAUGUGCUGCAUUCUCGAGUGAAAACAACCGGACUCAUUGAAACUCAAUUCUCCUUUAAAGACUUGCAUUUCAG